AUGUUACAGGACUGCACUAAGGCUCGUCGGGAGGUUGAGCUGCACAUCAGAGCGUCUCCGUGUUCCCACAUCGUGCGGAUUGUGGACGUCUACGAGAACCUUUACCAGGGGAAGAAAUGCCUACUGAUCGUCAUGGAAUGCAUGGACGGAGGAGAGCUCUUCAGUCGAAUCCAGGACCGUGGAGACCAGGCUUUCACCGAGAGAGAGGCCUCUGAUAUCAUGAAGAGUAUUGGGGAAGCCAUCCAGUUUCUACACGCCAUCAACAUCGCACACAGAGACGUCAAGCCAGAGAAUCUGCUCUACACCUCCAAGCGGCCGAACGCCAUCCUCAAACUCACAGACUUCGGAUUCGCCAAGGAAACCACCACACACAACUCCCUAGCAACACCCUGCUACACACCAUACUACGUUGCUCCUGAGGUUCUCGGUCCAGAGAAGUACGACAAGUCAUGUGACAUGUGGUCCCUCGGCGUCAUCAUGUACAUCCUGUAA